UAAAAAUAAAUAAUAAUAAUAAUAAACAUUUCUAAACUUAUUUUCAAGGCUGUUCAGCAUCAUGUAUGUCUUUAACUAGGCUGUUUGUCAAAUUUAAGCUAAUACAUUUCAUUUCCGGCAACCGUUUUUUCGCGUUGUUAUGGCAACCUGUCCACCUCCUGUAUGUUGAAACAAACCAUAGAACCGACAGACAAACGUCACUAAAUCUCCACCACAAGCCAGCACGUUGUCACGCAUCUGUACGUUAUACAACCGUCGUCGCACCCAUGGCACAUUACAGAGCCUCAGACUCGAAGCGAGAACAAUUUAGAAGAUAUCUCGAACAAUCGGGAGUCCUUGACAGUAUAACGAGCGUUUUAGUGGCACUUUACGAAGAGACCGACAAGCCCGACAAUGCCCUGGAUUUCAUAAAGGUCCAUCUCGGCGGCGCUGGUCCAGAGCCAGCGGAUGCUGAGGCUCUUCGCAUGGAGAUGGUUGACCUGCAGCAGAAAUGCAACCUUCUCGUGGGGGAGAACAAAGAGCUCAGAAACAGGCUGCUGCAGUACGAACCAUCAACUGAGGAGGGGUCAGCAGAAUAGAACGGAGGGGUUUUGUCGUUGCUGUCUGGGUUAAAACAUCAAAACAAUAUUUAUAUAAGGGAUGUACAGUGAAUACAAAAUCACUAUUUUUAUUGUUGUUUCAAGCACUUUUCCUGUCAUAAAUAAAAAUGUUUUUUCAACCUCU